AUGUAGAACAAGAUGGCAACCCCAAACAGAGUUAUCACCAUUAUCACUCUGGAAUUUAACCUCAUUCUACUGUACAUUGGUGCUAUCCAAACAUGUAUUGUUAAUAUAAAACAGCCUCCCCUUCUAGAAGUGGACUAUACUUGUAAGACAAUUACUAUACAAUGUGAUUUCUCUGCUAUCAACUGCCCUAAAAUCCAGCCUCAAGUUCUAUGGUUUCGCCAAAAUGCGCACUACCAACCUGAACACUUGUGUCCAGACCAAUGCCUAGGUGACUCAGGCAAAUUUACAGUGACUGAAUCACUGACCCAAAAUCAAGUUUCUCUCACCCUAAAUACAGUAGCUUUAAAUGACAGCGCAAUUUACUUCUGUGGAAUAGCAUUUUCACAUUCAACUGAACCAAGAUCUAAACAAACUGGGUCAGGAACAAUGCUGGUGGUGAGAGGGAAUAAGCUUCUCAGCCAUGAAGCAGAGAAUCUCCUGAUAGCCCUCUUAUCUCUGCUCUCUUUCUACAUUGCUGCUCUAACUGUGAUCUUCAUAGUCAUCUCCAAACAGUUAAAAUUGAAAACACGAAAGAAAACAGGAACUGAUGAAGCACCACAGAAGAAGAGGAGUGCUCGACAUAUUUUUCAGGAAAUUGCACGAGAACUACAUCAUAAGAGAUACGUGGACACAAAAUGUGAAGAGAGAGAUGACUACGUCUAUGAAAACAGAAGAGCACAGUCUAACUUUGAAACACAGUAGAGAAGGGAAGAAUUUAUGACCAAACAAGCAAUAAAGAGCAUUACAAUAUG